AUGUCGUUUGCAACUAACGUGUGGGAAUUCGACGAAGAACCAAGUUUCCAUCACCCAGCCCUCCUUCUACCAAGCAAAAUAGUGAAACAAAUAUCUGAAUGCCUUGAUUCGCAAGCCGAUCGCCGAAACCUAUGCCUAGUGCACAAAUGCUGGUCACCGAUAGCUAUUGAGGUGUUAUGGUCGGAACCCGUGUUCAAGACACCAGACUCCUUUCACUUGUUCAUACGUACAGUGCAACAGUCGAAACGGUGUGCUCUUCGCGUUCGUAUACUUAACUUGUGUGCCCCGGAGGAACAAGAGAAACACGCGUUCGUACCUGUCUUGCUUUCGCAACGUGAAGAGCACGUGGUAAUGCAACCAAUGCUUUUGUCGAAACCGAGUUUUAUUAUGAAUAUCAUUAGGUUGUGUGAGAAUCUCGAGAGUUUGAAGGUGUACGGGUGGAAUUUAGGCGAUAAAAAUAUUCAUUCGUUGCCUCAGUAUUGUCCGAGUAUCAAGAAAAUUCACAUCAUCGGAAAUACACAAAUCACUCAACAAGCCCUGUACUCGCUGACUAAUUCUGUGGCGAUAAAUCUUGAUAUUCUCGAUUUGGAUGGUGACUUUAGCCUUUCAGACAACUUUGCCGAAACACUGGCUACCAAAUGCCCGAAUAUAAAAACCCUCAAGUUUUCCACAAAGACAAUGUCUUCGAACGGCUUUGAUAUACUGGCCGCUAAACUCUGCAAUCUACGUAAAUUAGUGCUGCAAGAUUGUUCAAAUUUAACAGACAAUAAUUUGAGUUAUUUCGUCGAGAGAAAUCCUAAUCUUAUCGAGAUUUCAGUGCACGGGAAUCUUCUAACCAUUGAAUCGUUCAAGAUGGUCAUGUAUUCGCUGCAAAAUCUGCAGCGGCUUGACUUGCGUUGCGCCCCACAAUCGCUUAAUAUUCCUCACGACACACAUUGGUUUGUGCCAAUCUCGCAGACACUUCUUGUACUCUUGCUGGAUUGCCUCCCUAUCGACGAUGACUUGAUUCAUGUCGUAUCAAAUGCUUGUAUACAAUUGGAAAAAUUUGGACUAUCGCGGUGCCCUUAUGUAACCAAUAUGUCUGUCAAAUAUGUUGCGGAAAAUGCGAGGAAUCUUCAUUUCGUUAAUUUGCUAAAGUGUCCGAAAAUAACCGAGGUUUGUCUGAAAGAUCUAGGGUGCUCAGCUAAUAACACUCUCACCGAUCUGAUUGUCGAUUCAUGUGGGGAAUUUUCUCGAGAAGCUAUUCAUUGGUUCGCCGGAGUUUCAACUCGACUUGAAAAAUUGGAAAUUCACGGUUUACAAUCAAUAGUUGAUUCCGACAUUUAUAUCUUUUCAAAAGAGCAUAAUUAUAAUUCACAAGAUUCCACCAAUCUUCUGCGAUGUACUUUCGAGGGUGAAAAUAUUAAAAAACUGGCUAAUUAUGAUGUCAGUUCUUCAGUGGAAAUUCCAAGAAACAAUACUCAGCAAUUACACAAAGAGCAGUUAUUGGACUUAUUAACACCUGAAUACAUAAAAUCAGCUGACUCAAUUCUUACAAACGAAUCAAUAAUAAAUGACUUAGCUUGUGAAUUAGGGUUGAAUGUGGAUACUUUGAAUAAAGCUAUAAAAAAGGUGCUUGCCAAAUCUAAUUUACUAUUACCUCCAGAGACAUCUGCUGCUGCUUCUGUGGUGAAAGUUUCUCGUGCAUCAAGAACAGACUCAUCCCGUUCACACAAAGAGAAAAAUCAUGUUACAACUUCCAGUAAAGCAUUGAAGAGCAACGCUGAUAUAUCGGAAACAAAAAUAAAGAAAAAUCACACUGAAAAAGUAAUUGAUAAAAAACCUCCGCUAACCGAAGUACAACAAAAAGAACGUACGCUUCCAACUUCGCCAAAACAAGAAGCUUCAUCGAAAAAAAAGGAGUGGUCGAAUGUGAUUCAGAAGACACAGAGUGGAUGGUCGUCAAUCCAUGUUAAAUUGCCUAGUCUACACUGUAUUUCACUCAAAGAGACUGAAUCCCCCGAAGUGACUUCACCUCCUGUUGUUCAUGAAGCUCUUCCUAUCUCUGUCAACAAAGUAGAACUUGCGAUACCUUCAAGUGUCGAUAUGGAAAAAAAUGAGCCAUUGAUACCCUUAAAUGACGUUAUAAAAAAAGAUGAGUCGGUGGUAUCGUCGGACGUCGUUGUAAAAGAAAAAGAUGAGCCGAUGAUCUCUUCCGAUGGAAAGGAUGUAUUUCCGACAGGAGCAGCAAUCAGUUCCAAUACACAAUCCGAGAAGGCAGAAGUCACUCAGCCUCAAGUAUCAAUAAAACCACAAGCCCAAUCUAUUUCCAACCAACUACAGAACAGAUCAAAACGACCAGAAACCAUUGAAAAAAAGCCGCCCAAUUCUCCAGCAUGGAAUAAUCCAAUUAAUUUCGAAGACGAAUUAGGCGGGUGGGAAGAAAUGGGAAUUACAUCAAUGCCGGCACCUCAGUCUAGCAAGAAAAUAUGA